CACAGUGAGGCGGUCCAGGCUGCUCUGGGUCAGAGGGAGAGGAGGCUAGCUGUGCCCAUGCCUUCCAAACGCUCUUCACUGCUGGUGCACAACUCUGUGGACGCAUACACACCACCAGACUCGUCGUCAGGUUCGGACAGCGAGAGCUCGCUGAGGCGUUGCCAUGGCAGUGGGUUGGUGGAGGAGUGGCUCAGCCGUGCGCUACAGAGUUCUUCCUCGUCCUCAACGUCGUCAUCCUCAUCGUCCUCUAACGCAGCACGCCUUGCAGAGUUGUUCACACACACACAUGUAGGCCCAGGCUCCCAUCUGUCCUUGAAGAGGAGAGGGAUGAUGGGGUUUCUAGAGAACGGCAUGCUGGGAAGGCGCUCGUGUGAAGAUGCGUCUGACCGACCCUGGUCAUCUCUGGAGUCAGAUGAGAGUCACCCCGUCCCUCCUGACGUCACCAGCUCCAUCUGCCCCACCGCCCAAGAGCCCCGCCCCCAGGUUGCCGCAGGAACAAGAGCUCCGCCCAAAUAUGGCAAUGCAGUUCUCAUGGAGACGGGAGAUGGCGUUCCUGUGAGUUCGCAUGUCUCCGCUAAGAUCCAACAGCUGGUAGACACCCUGAAGAGGCCCAAACGACCCCCCCUCUCCGAGUUCUUCCUGGAUGACUUUGAGGAAAUGCUGGAGGUGACACAGCCAGACCCCAGCAUCCCGCGGCCGGAUGGGGAGGAGUCAGGAGUGGUGGGCGGGGAGAGGCUGGGUGUGGCCUCUCAUUGGCCGUUGUCCCUGGAGGCGGGGCUUCAGCGCUGGGGAAACAUCGCCCCCAAAGCCCCCUGUCUCACCUGCCCCGACCCCACGGGCAAAACCACACACACACUCACCUACGGGAAACUGUGGUCUCGGAGUGUGAAGCUUGCUUACAGCCUCCUCAACAGGCUGGGGAGCAAACAGGAGCCUCUACUCAGGGCAGGAGACAGGGUGGCGCUGGUGUUUCCUAACAGUGACCCAGCUGCUUUUCUGGUGGCCUUUUAUGGCUGUCUCCUGGCAGAGGUGGUUCCGGUCCCCGUGGAGGUGCCGCUGACCAAGAAGGAUGCUGGGAGCCAGCAGAUUGGCUUCCUGUUGGGCAGCUGUGGCGUUGCCGUGGCACUGACCAGUGACGCGUGUCAUAAAGGAUUACCCAAGAGCCUCAGCGGAGAGAUACAGCAGCUAAAGGGCUGGCCAAAGCUGUUGUGGGUUGUAACAGAUUCUAAGCAUUUAUGCAAACCUCCCAGUGACUGGUACCCUCACAUACAAGACGCCAACACCGACACCGCAUACAUCGAGUAUAAGAAGUGUAAAGAUGGGAGUGUGUUGGGGGUGACAGUGACCAGGAUCGCCAUGGUGUCACACUGCCAGACACUGAUUCAAGCCUGCGGGUACAUAGAGGCUGAGACCAUAGUGAAUGUAUUAGACUUCAAGAAAGAUGUCGGCCUCUGGCAUGGAGUCCUAACAAGUGUGAUGAAUAUGAUGCACGUCAUCAGUGUUCCGUACGCACUCAUGAAGGUGAACCCCCUCUCAUGGAUCCAGAAGGUGUGCCAGUAUAAAGCGCGGGUGGCGUGUGUGAAGUCCAGGGAUCUGCACUGGGCGCUGGUUGCCCUGCGGGAUCAGAAAGACAUCGACCUCGGAUCACUGCGCAUUCUACUGGUGGCAGACGGCUCCAACCCCUGGUCUGUGUCGUCCUGUGAUGCGUUCCUGAACGUCUUUCAGACCAAAGGGUUGAAGCCGGAGGUCAUCUGCCCCUGUGCCAGCUCAACUGAGGCCCUUACCAUCUCUAUUAGGAGGCCUUGUGAGGACAGCCCAGGAGGUCCUGGCAGAAGUGUCAUCUCCAUGACAGCGCUGAGUCACGGGGUCAUCAGGAGCGACUCGGACCACAAACUCUCCACCCUCACUGUGCAGGACGUGGGCUCGGCCAUGCCUGGAGCAUUGGUGUGUGUGGUGAGGUCUGAUGGGGUUCCACAGCUCUGCUGUACUGACGAGAUCGGAGAAGUGUGUGUGUGUUCGGCCGCCACGGGAACAUCCUACUACGGGCUCACGGGCAUGACUAAAAACACCUUUGAGGUGUAUCCGGUGACGGCCACGGGUCAGCUGGUGUGUGAGUAUGCGUUUGUGCGCUCCGGUCUGCUGGGCUUUGUGGAUGCUGAGGGGCGGGUCUUCAUCACCGGCCAAUCAGACGGCAUCAUAUGUGUAGGAAGGAGGAAGCACAACACUGAUGACAUCAUCGCUACGGCACUGGCCGUCGAGCCAAUGAAGUUCGUCUACAGGGGGAGGAUAGCGGUGUUCUCCAUCAAUGUGCUCCAUGAUGAGAGGAUUGUGGUCAUCGCUGAGCAGAGACCUGAAGCCACAGAGGAGGAGAGCUUUCAGUGGAUGAGUCGAGUACUACAGGCCAUAGACAGCCUGCACCAGGUGGGCGUGUACUGCCUGGCGCUGGUCGGUGCCAACGCCCUGCCCCGGUGCCCACUGGGCGGACUGCACGUGAGCGAGACGCGCUCCAUGUUCCUGCAGGGGGCGCUCCACCCGCGCAGCCUCCUCAUGUGCCCGCACACCUGCGUCACCAACCUGCCCAAGCCCCGGCAGAAACAGCCAGAGGUGGGUCCUGCUUCAGUGAUGGUGGGGAAUCUGGUGUCUGGGAAGCGAAUCGCACAGGCUAGCGGCAGAGACCUGGGUAGCUCCGAGGAAAACGACCAGUUCAUCUUCUUGUCUGAGAUAUUGCAGUGGAGAGCCCAGACCACACCUGACCAUGUUCUCUACACACUCCUCAAUUCCAAGGGAGGUGUGGCCUCCUCUCUCACUUGUUUGCAGCUGCAUAAAAAGGCAGAGAAGAUCGCCGCCCUGCUGGCUGAGAGAGCGCUACUGCAGGAUGGAGACCACGUGGCACUGGUGUACCCUCCAGGUAUAGACCUUAUAGCAGGGUUCUAUGGCUGCCUGUACGCUGGCUGUGUGCCUAUUACAGUGAGGCCUCCUCAUCCACAGAACAUCUCCACCACCCUACCCACAGUCAAGAUGAUUAUAGAGGUAAGCCGGUCUGUGUGUGUGAUGACAUCCCAGUCCAUCUGUAAGCUGCUUCGCUCCAAAGAGGCUUCUGCUGCAGUCGACCUCCACUCCUGGCCCCCUAUACUCGACACAGAUGACCUCCCAAAGAAGCGCUGUCCUCUCCUUUGCAAGACGUCUGAUCCAGACACACUCGCCUAUCUGGACUUCAGUGUGUCCACUACGGGCAUGCUAGCAGGAGUCAAGAUGUCACACUGGGCCGUGAGUGUGUUAUUGAAGCUGCAGUGUGAGCUCUACCCGUCCCGUGAGGUAGCAGUGUGUCUGGACCCCUACUGCGGCCUCGGCUUCAUGCUCUGGUGUCUCUGCAG